AUGGUUGGCGGCGUAUACACUGGAGGUUACGACCAACUAUGGGCGGAAUUGAAGAGGAGGUACGACAAUCCCAGGCGUUUGGUUGAGUCACAUGUGAAUUGGUUGUUGGACUUGCCUGAACACCCAGCACUUACGCAACGCAAUGGUCGGAAUGUAAUCGAUGUAGUACGCAGUACCUUAUGUGCACUUAGCGUGAUGGGCUUGGCCACCGACCAUUGGGACGCCAUCGUUUAUCCUAUUGUUCUCCGUAAAUUACCAACAUCGGCGGUCACGCACUGGACCGUUCUGAGUCAUUCAGAUACUCUGCCGCAGCUGCCAAAAAUGCUUGAGGAGAUUGAGACCUAUGCCGACACUUUAAGGAGCAGCUCUACCGUACCGCCCAGGCACUCGGCAACAUUUCGUACCGCACAGUCACAUAUGGUGAUGCCCAAAUCUUCAAGCGCCAACAUGAGAUCAGCAAUGACCUGCCCAAGAUGCGCCGAGCCACAUCGUAUAUCAAGAUGCCCUCAAUUUCGAGCAUUAAGUCUGGAUCAACGUUUGCACUGGGUACGCCAAGCAACGUUAUGCUUCAACUGCUUGGGACCAGGUCACUCGGCCUGUGACUGUAACUCGGGGAAUUGCGACAACUGUAAGCAGAAACACAACACCAUGCUUUGUAAGGCAGCUCCGCAAGGCGAGCAUUUACAAACACCAGCUCAGUAG